AUGCCAGCAACAAAACGAGUGACAAGCUCAAGUCAUGUAUACUCGCAAGAGAAGCCCGUGAGCACUCGGCCUCCUACAACAUCACAGCGUCCUGUCUUUGUUCGAGACCCCCGAUCAAGGAAUUCACCAGUUAUUCAACAACGAUCAGCUCCAGUCACACCGCGGCGGUGGUCUGAGUCCCAGCAAGCGACUCCACGAAGCUCCGAUCGAUCACAAUACCUAGGGACGCCUACAAGGCCUUCGCUUCCAAGCACACCAAACUCAUAUUCAUCACAAACUCGUCCAUUACUGUCGUUAAUUCCAGAGCAUCUUAGCCCUCAGACUACGGCACUUUUGUUGACAGAGCUAUCGAAACCAAUUUCGGAUGCAGAUGAAGAAGGCUAUAUUUACAUUUUCUGGGUGACGCCUCAGAAACCUGACUCUAUGGAAGCACCACCGGGAGACAUUGCAUUGAACUUAUUACCGCCUCCGGGUCGACCAAACCAUUCUCGUCGAACAAGUGAUGCUUUGCGUGCUGCACAAUCGAUUGACCCUCGCUCCAAAGGAUCAGCGGGUCAACCAGGAACCAUUCGUCUUAAGAUCGGACGUACAAGUAAUGUCCAUCGCCGGUUAAACGAAUGGUCGAAACAAUGCUCGCAUAACCUCACGCUGAUCCGUUAUUAUCCCUAUACUAAUUCCUCACCAUCACCAUCACCGUCACCGGCUCGAAGAUCGGAUAGUGGACAUUCUCAAGGACAUAGCCGACGGGUGCCCCAUGCCCAUCGCGUUGAGAGAUUGAUUCACAUUGAGCUGGCUGACCAGCGGGCAAAGGGCGAGGGUCCAUGUGCUCAGUGUAAAAAAGAGCAUAGGGAAUGGUUUGAAUUUACUGCUACCAAGGAUGCUUUGAAGCUUGUAGAUGACUGUGUUCGGCGAUGGGUUGCGUGGGGAGAGCAGCAUACAUGA